AUGCUAUAUCGUACGUUAUGUAAUAGUUGGCUGCUGAUAACGAUCGCAGCUGUUCUGGCAGAGAACUCUGAUUUGGCAGCAGAUAACAGUGAUCUAAGGAUCCAUGGCGUUCCUCCAGAAAAGCAAUAUCUUUACCAGCCAAUUGAGGGAACUGGGGGCAAAUGGGCGUGUUUGAAUGACCCGCAGAAGUUGAUCGAUAUAUCUAGAAUCAAUGAUGGCAUAUGUGAUUGUACCGACGGGUCAGACGAGCCUGGGACCGGUUCAUGUGGUGACAAGGGGCCAAGCUUUUAUUGUGCCAAUGAGGGGUUCCUACCCAGGUAUAUUUCUCAGAGCAUGGUUAAUGAUGGGGUAUGUGAUUGCUGUGAUUGCUCUGAUGAGCUGUUAUCGCCGGUGAAACCAUUUUCACACAAAACUGACUGCAUUACCUUGAGUAGCUCGUUUGAUAAGCUGGUGCAGGAGGAAUUGAGAGAGUAUAAGGACGGACUGGGCGCAUUGGAAAAAAUGCAGACCAAAGAGAGCAUAGAGGAUUCAAAAAUUGUCACCGAGAAUCUGUUCGAGGAGAUAGCGGUUUUAGAACGAGACCUACAGGCAAACGAACUAAAAUUGAAUAGUACCAAGGACAAGUACAAAGAGCAACUCAAAAACAACAACCCUUUGUAUUACGAGUUUCAAAGGUUGAACGAAGACUAUAUUUCGCAUGUGAUUAACGCAUCGUUUAUUAAAAUCAUUGGAAUGAGCGAGGCAUAUGAAGAGCUGAUUCAAAUUCUGAAUAAUUUGAAAGAUUCGUAUACCAAGUCUUUGAAUGAUAGAGUAGUCAAUUCAAAUGUUAAGAAAUAUAAUUUCAUGAAGAAUCAGCAAUUGAAAAAGUUGAGCAUUGAUUCAAAAGUUGAGGAAGAUCAACGCCAAGAGUUGAUGAAUUUUUUUAGUGAAGAAUUGCCUGCCACCUUCAUGGAGGGGAAGAUUGAUCAACCACCAACGUAUCUUCGCGGAAAAAUGAUCUUUGUCGACGUCCUGAUUACGGGUAGAACGGAGUAUACUAGCACUGUACUGGACGCAAUCAGAAAGCUGUCUGAACUUCUGAACGAUAUUUCGGAGAAUUACAAUGUGAAUUAUCAAGAUGCUGCUGUCAAAAAGUCUGUUGAGCUAUACGCGAACUGGUUAGGUAAUCACGCUUCUCUUGAAGAGGUUCAAUUACCAGAGAAAUUUACAAGCCAGUUCACCGAAUUGAAGCAGUUUGUUGAAGCUAAUUCGGUGCACAUCUUAACAUCAGGCUCCUUGGAAAAGAAUUCUCUGGAUGCGAAGAAUAUCGGCAAUCACUUAAGAUUUCUUUUGAGUAAAAUUAAGCAAUUCUUUAAGCAAGAUUUAAGACAUCAAAUCGAAACUUGCGAGGAAAUCAACACUCAAUUAAGGGAACAGCUCGAAGAAAAAAAAUCAAAAUUUGCGUCACUGAGAGAAACACGCUACGGUAAUCGUAAUGCAUACAUUCAAAGAUUGAUAUCAACAGGUGCCAUUGAGUGCAUUCAAGGCUCUCUCUCAGGCUACCUGUACGAGAUUUGUCUCAACCAGGAAGUCAGUCAACGUGAACUUGCACCGCCACACCGAGCUGUGACUAUUGGUAAAUUCCAACACAUUCAGUUCGACGAUGAGCAGACCCGUAAAGAAAAGUACAUGGAGCAUCUCAGAAUCAAGUACCCCGAUCAAAUGGAUUUGAUGACAGAACUCGUUAGUGAGAAAAACAAUAUUCCGGAAUAUAUCUUCGGUAACUUGCACGACAUGAGCAAUGGCUUAGCUAUAAGAUUUGAGGACGGCAGCAAGUGCUGGAAUGGUCCAAAGCGCUCAGCGACCGUUUUCGUCGCCUGUGGCUCCACUGUCGAAAUUAUAAAUGUCUAUGAGACUAGUAGGUGCAAUUACGGCAUUGAGGUGAAAUCGCCCAUCGGCUGCAAUCCUCAUUUCAACGGAUUCUCUGAAACUUUCUCAGAGCCCAGCAGCCACCCUGUUGUCGCCACAGAUUAG